CUAUAAAAAGGAGGGAUGAAGCCAGCAGAGAUCAGAUUCUCUCUACAGAGACCUCUACAGCACACAGAUCCAGACAUGGCACCUACAAUCACUGCAGCUCUGACCAACUCUCAGGAACAUCUGACUCUGACUCACAAGCUCAGAAAACCUCAGGUGGAGAAGUUACGCAGAGAGAGAAUCAACAGCAGCAUUGAGCAGCUCAAGUCUCUCCUGGGUCCAGAGUUCCUCAAACAGCAGCCAGACUCCAAGCUGGAGAAAGCAGACAUCCUGGAGAUGACAGUCUGUGUCCUGAGGCGGCUUCAGCAGCAGAAUCGAGCUGUGGACUCAGCUGCUGUUAAUCGGGGCUACUCCAGGUGUGUCCAGGAGGUGGCACACUUCCUGUCCAGUGAGGAGGUGAAGACACAGUCCCAGAGAAGACUGAUGAUGGAGAACUUCAACAAGCUGCAGUCUUCCUCUUAUAAGAACCUGACAGAGGUUGACUUCUCUGCUCUGCGCUCCACAGUCCAGACCAGCAUCAUUAAAGACAAGAGUCCAGCCAACAGCGCCCCCUGGAGGCCGUGGUAGACACCUACAGAGUUCUUAAAGUUCUCUUGGAUUGAAAUGCAGUGAUGUAUUCUAAGAAUAAUAUUAUCUUUACUGAUUUAUCAAUAUGUUCAAAAAAUUGGCCACGUUGACCAGUAUUUUUAUAUCUGUGUUACAGUCCUGUUCUCCUGUGUUCAGAUCAGAUUCUGAGGAGUUGAAGCUUCUCUCAGGUGUUUAUCAGUAAACAUAAUUUCUGAUGUACUGGUGUGUUUUUACUAUGUAAAAGAUAAUUGACCCAUGUUGGGUCUUCACGGUCAUCACUGCUAUUAUCAAAUUGUUUGAAAUUUGUAAGCAGCAUAAUUGUGAAUAUGAAAGUUUUUGUCUUUUAGUAUUUGAGUUAGUUCACUUUGUUUGGACUAAAUAAUCCCAUGUGUUUCUUUGAAAUGAAAGAAAAUGUGAUGCAUCAUCACCACCAUUGCUUCUCUGGAGUUACAGACAUGAUUUAAUUCUCUUGUAAUAAAAAACAAACAAACACAUAUCUAUCACAA